AUGGAUGGAAACCCAAAAGUAGACCACAUCUUCCGUCCGUGGGACGUAGAGUGUAAAACCGAGACGUCGCCGAUCCAAGUGAACGUCAAGUGCGACCUGAUAUAUGGUAAUCAAGUUCUCCCCUCGCCGUCAAGUUCAGUUUCCGUUUCCGGGAGAAGUUCCAGUGCCACCGUCGAGAGCAAUGGUUCCCAAGGUCGAGAGAACGACAAUCUUACGAAGCUGUCGAGCCUCGUCGAUCGGGCGAUCCCAAGCACAUCGACAACCGAUGGUUCCGUUGACGCCAGCAGUGAAAUCGUAUAUUUGCCAAACAGUUAUUUCAUCCACGAUCACCCUGGCAAUGGACCCUGCCUUGAUCACCAGAAACUCAUCGCUUGGCAGGAACAUAUGGCGGCAUGCAAGCGGUUGGAGUAUCAAAGACAUUUAGCUAUCGAAGAGGCAGCGAGGGCGCUACAAAAUCACAAGACUCUUGUUAAACAGAGCAAGAAACUAAGGCCGAAGAAGUUUCCUUGCCCCCACUGCAACGUCGCGUUCAGUAACAACGGUCAACUCAAAGGACACAUACGGAUCCACACCGUGUUCGUUGAUAGAUUGAACGAUUCGAUCGCUGAGGUUUUUAUAUCUCCGAUCUUGACCAUUCAGCACAAGUUUUAG